AUAACCUUAAUAAACCAGAUGAACUUUUGAAGCGAGAGGCGAUCUUCAACAAACAUUAGUUGCCCCGCGCUUUCUAAUUGAUAAAUCAGAUUGUUUGAUAAAAUACAAAUAAAUAAAAUUUCCAAUAUUCAAUUAAUUUGUAACGAACAUCCAUGGCGUCCAGAGAAAGUGGUCCUAUAUUCACAAUUCCUUGUGCAUUUGCGAAGCAAUACGGCCUCACAGCUGCUUGGUUUACGGAGGACAAAAUAUCCGUUACUGCUUACAGCAAUCAGCUACUUAAAUCUAUUGAUCGGCGCCGACCUAAUAAUUUCCCGGUGAAUGUGUAUCAUUUGACUACAAAUUUUAUCCUGGAUGAACCCAUUUUGCGAAGCUUGUUAACGGAAUGCAGUAACGUGUUCCUGAAUCUUCAAUUGGUCCGCAGCAGUUCGCCAGCAGCGGCCAUAGAUUAUCUGAAAAUUUCCCGUAGCUAUCGCAGUGCGAUCCGCGCUUGUCUGGAAAAGCUCCAGGACUUGAUUGCCGGUGCGGAGCUGCGCGAUGUGGAACAGUAUCGAAACUAUGUGACCAUCUUUUAUUCGGUGGAAUCCAUCUGGCACCUGGUAGAGAUUCUAAUUAUCGAUGCUAGCUCGGUCAAUGCCGUGGUUCCGAACUUGCUGGAAUGGGUGCGGUUCCACUUCCCAACGGCGGAACGGCUGGCAACGGAACUGCUGCAGCAGGGACGGGAAGUCGAUUCCAGUGAUGACUACUGGCCCGUGGUGAAGGGAUUGAUCAUACAAGGUCAACUCAGUGUAGCCAGAGCGCUGCUGAAACUGCACACCAACUCGGAAAGUGUGUGCUUUGAAGUGGCUGAACAGAUUCUCCAAACCAUGCCGGUUUAUAGCGUUUACGGUGGGCUUUCGAUCCAAAAGUUCAAAUCUCAAUGGCAAUAUUGGUCGGCCAAUGCAAAGUCCAAGGUCGAUGCUGGAAUUUUAGCGUUGGAACCGGAACUUGAGGAGAUUGUUAAGCUUGUAAUUGGCGAUCGUCAAACAUGGACCGAACAAUGUCAGUAUGCAUCUUGCUGGUAUGAAUAUUUUCCGGGAUAUCUUUUCUACACCGAAUCAACCUGCAAAUACUAUGAAUUGGGCACGUUUGCGAACAAUUGGCUAUCGCAGUGGAUCAGCACCGGCGGAGCGAAUCCGUCAUACAAGUACUUGGAUAAAAUAAUCCUCUCCGUAAUGGAGAACAACUUGCCCCAAGUGUUGCACAACAUUCAGAACAUCUGCGACAACAAAUGGUUCGUAACGCACUUGGUGGAUCUGCUGUAUCACUGCGGUCAGCUCACGCUAUCUACCGGGGGCAACGUUGAGGAACAGGAUGCGGAAAAGAUGUUCCGAGAAUCGUUGCUGUACGAUUUUGGCUGUUUGCUAAUGUCGCGCAACUCAUCGCUCUGGGAAGCCGGUAUGGACUAUCUGGAGUUUUCUAGUACGGAAGGUUUAGGGGCACGAGAAGCGCUUUUGGGCAGAAUCCCUAUUAAGAACGAGAAACAGGCCAUGAAGCUGAUCAACGUCGCCAAGAAGAAUGGCUUCACCGCUGUGGAGAGCGAGAUUUGUAAAGUUCUUGUGAAGCGCAAUCUGUCUAAUAAGCUGUAUGGAAAUGCUCUCGAGUGGGCCAUCCGAUCCAGGGAUAGUUUCUAUGUAACUGCGGUGGCCAAUAUCUUUCUUGAACACUACUGCAAUUAUGGAGAGAUACUCUGCGAGGACGUGAUUGCCAAUAUUGGAGCCAAGAUGUUCUGCUCGCCGAGGUUGAUUUUCCUGGUCAAAUACUAUGAUUUUCGCCAGUUUUUCUUGGAGCGUUCCUUCGCGCAGGCCGCAGAAUUGCUGGUGAACUUGUUGGAUUCGAAAAUUACACCUAGCUACUUUUGGCCAUCGUUGCUAGCAGAUACCAUCCCAUUGUUGGAGUUCAAGGAGCCAGUCAUUCCCACCAAGGAAACCUACACCAUUCUGCACCACUUGGAGUGGGACCUAGUUCCGAUGAUUGAGAAGAGAAAGGAACAACUACGAGGCAGCAGAAAGGCGGACGACGACACUACCGACAUAGACAGUCAAGCUUUGUUACCGAAUUUCUCGUCCAACUUGUUAAAUAACUGCACUGAUGAUUUAGUUAAAAUGCUUCGCCUGGCAUGUGCGCGCAACUUAGCGCGAGCCUUCAUCAUCGAGAAUACAGUGGCCGAUUAGAAUGAAUAAACGUUUAUCUGAGAAAAU